CUUUCAUGACAGCAGCGCCGAAGACGGGCUUUUCCCCUCGACCGCUGGGUCAAUCUAAGAGUCUUCCUGACUAUGCUGACUAGCAACCACCAUGUAUACUUCAUUUAUCCCGUGGAAGGUGUACCCGUGCUCCACCGCAGGCACAAGCUGUGGCCCGUCGCUCAGGCUGCUCGCACUAUCAUCCAAAAACUUGUUGACUACCGUCCGUGAAUUUGGUUGGCUGGUGCUAAAGAGUUCUUCGCAUGUCAGCUCGAGUCACCGAGCCGAGAGCGCAACAUUCUGCAGGCUCGGCUCAGCCUCUGUGGAGGGAGUCCCCCCGAGAGACAGGGGUUUCAAGUGGAAAGAGGAUAAAUGCAGGGCUCCGAACGGCAAUUUUCUUUCUCCUCCGGAAGGCAGGGACUCAUUAAACUUGCGGGUUGGCGCAACGGAGUAUGCAGGAAAGCUGAACCAGAAAAUGUCUCGUGACGAACAACAAUGGAACAAGAGAGGUAAUGGACGAAGUCGAAUGUACAGACUGGAUGGGAUGAGAGGUGGCUUAUAUGUACUGAGCAACACUGGAUUAUGCAUAGCCCACAACAGCGCGUUCGGGCUUACAGCACAGAAGUAGUCUAGUCUUGAGAUGAAGGACACCAGUCAUGGGAUGAAAGGUCAAAUUUUGACCAUCGUGUAUGCCCACGGCCC